AUGGUUAAGAGUGAUUUACUAUUGACUCCAUAUCAAAUAUUUAUAUUACCAUGUAUUACCCUUAUUUUUUGGUCUCUAUUUCUUAUAGUCUUCAGAAGUGAUGGAAGUGGGAGAUGGUUUGUAGACAUAGAUUCGUUUAUUCUCAAUUCAUGGACACAUUCAAAUGUAACAUGGUUUGUGUUUAAUGAAACGAAGGAAUUAUGUUCAUGUCCAACCGAAGAUUUUAAAACAUGUAAUUCUACUCAUAUGAACAAUGAAACAGAUUACUUGUGUACAUAUCCCACUGAUAUUGGUCCUGAUGAAAUCACCUACUGUACCAAGCCGAUUAUUGUGGACACCGAACGUUAUUCGUUCUCUUUGCAUGCGCAUUUCGUCUUAAAACAAGAUGAAACUAUAGAUCAUGAUAAUGAAUCUAUAUUUCUUCAUGUAAUAAACAACACCAAAAAUAAUUGCCAACAUUAUGGAGGAUAUUUAUUGGAGUAUAAAGAACACUCAGAAAUUUGUCCGUUUUGUAUCAUUCAAAACAACACUUGCAAACUCUGA